AUGACGGCUCUUCAUGCUAUCAACAUCCUGUUUCUCGGAGCUGCCAUGGCUGCAUCCAUCCCUCGUUCACAUCGUUCCAAUGGAGAGUGUCGUCAAAUUCACAUCUCGGUCGAUGCCGAAGCUCCCGGAGCUGUGUACGAUGUUCCUCAGGUAAUCGACGACAUCACGACUGUGCAGUGGGCGGUGCAAAGCGAUACAUGGAGCAAUUCUCUACGCCCCAACCAAGGUAUCCUGGAGAACAUCACCAUAGCCGGAACAUACAACAUCUUCGCCCAGCUUUGUGUGCCCACCGGUCACAACAAGAAAGAUGUACUCCAGAUAGCGACUCAUGGCGGUCAUUACGACAGCAGGUACUGGGAUUCGGGGCACAAGCCAGAAGAACACUCGUAUGUCUACGCUAGUCUUGCUGCAGGCUAUAGCAUCCUCACCUACGACCGUUUGGGUGCUGGAAAAUCCGACAUCCCAGAUGCGUACCGUGGCGUGCAAUUCGGCAUCGAACUUGAUAUACUGCGGCAAAUUACACAGAAGGCUCGCGAUGGGACACUCGCCCCCGAGGCCAAAGAUGCUGAUGCUCAGAUGUUCGGAAAGCCCGGAAAGAUUGUUCAUAUUGGCCACAGUCUCGGAUCUGUCUUGACGACUGCAUUUCUUGCCACAUACCCUGAGGAGACUGACGGAGGAAUCAUCACUGGAUUUGCGCUCAAUGAAUACUUUGGCACCACGGGCUUCUCCUCAUGGUAUGCGCAGUACGCAGCAACUGCUGAUCCAGCGUGGGAUCGAGGCAGUGGCUAUAUCGUCAACCAGAAAUCAGGGAUUCAGGUCGUCUUCUUCGGCGGCGAUCCAUCAACUGCUUUCACAAAGGAGUUGCUCGACUAUGGCGAUGCAAUCAAGCAACCUGUUCCUGUUGGCGAGCUCGUUUCGGGUAGCCAGAUUAUCGGCCGUCCUGGUAAGAACUUGAAAGCACCAAUUCAAUACGUGCUGCCCGAGUUCGACUUCUUUAUUUGCGGCGGGGAUUGCAAAGGCGUGACGAAUGCCACGGUAUUGAGAGAAACAUGGCCCAGUGCGAGUGACCUUGAGGUGGUUAUUCAACCCAACACUGGACACGCUCUGCCACUGCACAACAAUGCUUCAGCGGGGUUUCAGCUGUCGUUCGACUUCUUAGCCCGAAACGGGCUAUGA